AUGAGAGUAUUUAAACAACGUAUUAAAGUUAAACUUGGAAAGGCUGAAUCUACUCAAGACCCAGAAGGAUACAAUGACUUACGUGAUCAAGUGAAAAAGACUGAAAAUUAUGCUAAAGGAGCUUUAAAGAUUGUGAGAGGAUAUUGUCAAAAAUCCGAAGCAAUUACAAAGGUUCAAAAUGAAGUUGGUCAAUACUUGGUAGAAAGUGGUAUGCAAACAAAUGAUGAAGUUGGUGAAUCUUUGAUGAAAAUUGGAGAAGGAUUAAAAUCACUUGCUACUAUUCACCAUGCCAUGUUGGUUAACAUUGUUGAAAAGUUUAUUCAACCAGCUACAGAAUUCAAGAAGGAAGUCAAGGAUUCUGAAGUUUCUCAUAAAAAGUAUGACAAGAAGCGUUUGGAAUUUGAUGCCCAAGUAGAUCUUGUCAAUUCAUUAAAGCAAAAGGGUGAAAAGGUAGAUCCACAAAAAGUUCAAACAGAAGAAGAAAAACAAACACAAUUUGACAAUGAAAAGGAUGAAGCUUUUGAAGAAACAUUGGAAGAAACUUGUGAUGUUUUGGUAAAGAGACAAACCAAGCACUUGGCACAACUCAAUGAAUUACUUUUGAGUUUCCACCACUUUUUUGCUGAAGGUUAUACUCUUACACACGAUUUGAAGGAACCAUUGGAAAAAUUAAUGGAAAAAUCCAACAAGAAAGCUUCCACAUUCAAACAACAAACAGUGGAAAGUGUUUUGGGUGGAGGAGGAUCUAUCAGAUCAACACCAUCACAAUCUUCAUUCACACCUUCAACUAAAUCAAACACUGAAACAUCAACUUCAACAGUCACAACAACCUCAACAGCCAAGUCAUCAACUAAUACUACUUCAACUAGUGCUGUUGGUGGUAUGGGAGCUGCCUUCUCAGCUGCCAAAAAGACAGAAAGUGCUGCAGCAACAGUUUUGUGUAAAUGUAAGGCCAUGUAUACUUAUGAUGCUCAGGAUAGCACAGAAAUUUCAUUCACUGAAGGUGAAACUAUUUUGGUUUAUGAAAAGGAAGAAGGUGGAUGGUGGAGAGGUGCUAGAGAAGCUACUCCAACCAAGUCUGGUAUCUUCCCAUCUAAUUUCGUUGUAGAUUCUAGUGCUUCUUCAGGUAGUGGAAAAACAACAACUGCAUUGUAUGAUUAUGAAGCUCAAGAAUCAAACGAAUUAACUUUCAAAGCAGGAGAAGUUAUUGAAGUCAUUGAGGAAGCAGAUGGAGGGUGGUUUAUGGGCAAGAAUUUGUCAACAAACAAGGUUGGUCUUUUCCCUUCAAACUUUACAGAACUAGGAGCACAAUAA